CACACCGACCAGACAUUUUACAAUACUCUCCACCACAUCCACCAGCCCGUCAAUCACGUCCUCAGCUUCAACAAACGGCCUGUCAACCACAUUGUCUGAAACAACAACCAGCCCAUCGAUAACAAUGUCCAGCACAACAGUCAGCCCAUAUACUACAAUCUCCAAAUUAAUCACUGGCGUAUCCACAACAAUGUCCAACACAAUGACAGGCCCUUCCACAUCACAAUCCACCAUAAUGACCAGCUCAUUGAAUACAUUGUCAAGAACACCAGGUCUAUCAACAACAUUACACAGCACACUGGCCAGUUCACCAACCAUGUUCUCCAGCGCAACAACAAGCCAAUUGACAACACAAUCCAUCAUAACUACCGGCCAGCUGUCAACUGUGCCUGAAAUAACAAGCGGCACAACCUUGACAAUGACCAGCACGAUAACUAACCCGUCGUCCACAUUAUCUGAAUCAACUCUCUGCCCAUCGACAACAAUAUCCACAACAAAUACAGGCCCGUUGACAACACUGUCCAGCACAACUGCCACUCAAUCAACCACGUUGUCCAGCACAUCGAAUAGACAAUCGACUAAACAAUCCAGCAUAACUACCAGCCCAUUGUCCACAGUCUCUGAAACAACCACAGGUCCAUUGACAACACCACCAAGUAUAACAAACAGCUCAUCAACCAUAUCCACCGAAAUAACAACUAGAAAAUCGACGACAGUCUCCAGCACAAAAACCGGGCCAUGGACCACAUCUUCAGGAACAACAGCCAGCCCAGUGACCAUUUCCAGUACACAAACCGUUCCAUCUACAAUACUCUCCAGCACAUCGACCAGCCCGUCAGUCACGUCCUCAGGGUCAAAAACCAGCCGGUCAACCACAUUGUCUGAAACAAGCAGCUCAUUGAAAACAACGUUCAGCACAGAGGCCAGCCCAUUUACUACAAUCUCCAAAACAACCACCGAAAUAUCAACUACAUUGCCUGAAGCAUCAGGUCAAUCGACAACAUUGUCCAGCACAUCAAACAUAUUCUCCAGCACACCGACCGGUCCAUCUACAUUACUCUCCAGCACACCGACCGGUCCAUCUACAUUACUCUCCAGCACACCGACCGGUCCAUCUACAUUACUCUCCAGCACAUCAACCAGCUCAUCAAUCAUGACCUCAGGCUCAACAUCUGGCCUGUCAACCUCAUUGUCUGAAACAACAACCAGCUUAUCGAAAACAAGCACAAUAGCCAGUCCAUCAACCAUAUUAUUCAGCACUACGACCAGUCAAUUGACAACAGAGUCCAGCGUAACCACCAGUCCUUUGUCAACUGUGCCUGAAACAACGACUGGCCAAGCAACGACCAGCUUGACGUCCACGUUAGCCAAAUCAACGCUUUACCCAUCGACAACAUUGUUCAGGACAACCACAGGCCCAUCGACAACACUGUCCAGCACAGCUGCUACUCAAUCAAACAUGUUGUCCAGCACAACAACUAGCCAAGCGACCAAACAAUCCAGCAUAACUACCAGCCCAUUCUCCACAGCAACAACCACAGGCCUAUGGACAACUCCGCCCAGCAUAACAAACAGCUCAUCAAUCAAACUGUCAACCAUAUCUUCAGGAACAACAACCGGCCCAGUGACCACCAUUUCCAGCACACCGACCAGACAUUUUACAAUACUCUCCACCACAUCCACCAGCCCGUCAAUCACAUCCUCAGCUUCAACUAAUGGCCUGUCAACCACAUUGUCUGAAACAACAACCAGCCCAUCGAUAACAAUGUCCAGCACAACAUAUAACAAACAGCUCAUCAACCACAUCUUCCGAAAUAACAGCCAGAAAAUCAACAUCACUCUCCACAACAACAACUCGACCGUCGACCACAUCUUCAGAAACAAUAACCAGCCCAAGGACCACCACUUCCAGCACACCCACUGGGCCAUCUGCAAUACUCUCCAGCACAUCGACCAGCCCACCAGACACUUCCUCAGGCUUAACAAUCGGCCUGUCAACCACAUUGUUCGAAACAACAACCAGCCUAUUCAAAACAAGCACAACACCCAGUCCAUCAACCGUAUUAUCCAGCACAACAGCUAA